CGUGACCACAUUGCGUUGUCAUGGCAACUAAACGGCGUUGCAUGAAACAGCGCAGUGCCUGGACCAGCGACAGCAAGUUAGCGGCUGCACUGUAUAAUGAACUUCCUUUAGCUUGAAUGCGAGUUUCUCUCUAAUUUUAUGCGCAUGGAAGACGACAUAGAUGCUCUUCUAGAUGAUGUCGAAUCGAAGUACUGUGAACAGAUAUGCCAAAGAGCAUCUGCGCCAACAGCUGGGUACGUGCAUGCAGCUUCUUUCGCUAAAUAAUGUGCAUCACGAUCAGCUAUUGGUUUUCAGAACAUCUUCUGAUGAUAGCAUUGAAGAAGCUAUAAAUGAAAUAUGCAGAGUUCCAGAGUUAAACGUUCCUAACAGUGAUCUCGCCGAAAGUAAGCUAUUCGGUCGCAGAAAUAUCCAGUGUUAUGUGGUCUACCUUGGCGGCACAGAUGUGGUCUUUGGCGUGUCGACCAGUGCAUCAAGAAGGGCUUGCAGCCAUAUUCAUUGCUGCAAGUGCGAUUUCCAAGUUGCUGUAUUCGAAGAUUAUGCCUGGGAUGAAACAGCAGACUACCUGUUCUUCAGAAACAGCGUUCCGGAUGCAAGCAAACUUCGUUCAAGGCUUUUCCGGAAGCUUGGUUGGCGGGCCUAUUGCUGUCAGUGCCAUUGGCGCUCUGUAGCAGCACUUGCAUCUGCGCAACAAGAGAGGCUGCCUUGGAUGUGUGCUCGCCAUUAGGGGAAACCCAUACAAUAUGUUGCAGGGGAGAUAUGCGCUACUGCAGUUGCCUAGGGCGCAGGACAGGGGUAAUUAGCGAUCGCAGGGAGAGGUCUUCGUCCUGCAGUGGACAUAAAAUAGGCUGAUGAUGAUAACAGUUACAUAGAGUUGGUGAUUCGUUUGUAGACUUUUGUGGCCAAGGUUCACUCGCGCUUUGGUUAUGCAUGCCCUUUGUAUCUAAGGUGGAGUGAUGUACGAUUAUAGUUACUGUGACACGCAAGCCAUCCUGCUAUGUCUCUACAAUGCGAGUACAGAUGAAGCGUCACUAGUAUUGAGAGGCAGUUCCUCGGUAUAUGAACCAGAGAUAUUAAAUUGAGGCUGGCAUUGCCAAAAACAGAUGAACAAAUCAGUAUCUUUAGUGCCAGCAGUUCAGAUUUUCCUUAAUACUAUUAGUGCAUUAAAAAAAAAUACAUGCUACAGUCAUGCAUUUGAGUAAUCAGUUUCCAUGUCAAUAUAUUUUAGAGAACCAAAAUUAAUUAGAAUGUUGUAAAUGUUUCAGAAACUUCACUUCAAUAAAUAUAGCAAUAAUGAACCACUAUUCUGCAAAACUGAGUGUUCUACUCUCUUCCAGGUGUUUCUAUAGUGACCCUGCUUUACUCUCCACUCAAACAGCAUUUUUCUCGGGAUGAAAGAGUUUUUUUUUUUUUUUGAAUGUUCAGUCUUGCAGGGCGCCACACAGCAGUAAACCAUUUUUAACGUGAAGCUUCGUUUGUGAACCCUCCUGGACUUUGCUGACCAUGGCUGGUGUUGCUGUCUUGCCAAAUAGCUCACACACAGAAAAUAAAAGAUGUGUGGCUGA